CCAGACACCAUUUUAACCAAGGAUGAAGAGGAUAUUGGUGGAGGCAUGCCCGCUGUAGAAGACUGCGAUGACUUUGGAGACUGCAGCACACAACCCAGCGUCACCUUGGAUAGUCUGCAUGUGGACGCUCCUGGCUCCUCCCACAUGUCAAGUCACGACAGGGAGCUGAGGAUCCUGAGUGUCCACGGAAAAGGGGAGGACCCACUGGCGGUGGACGGCCAUGACAACAUCUUCACCGUGUUCAAACUGGAGACUCUGAACUCGCUGUCUGCGGAACACGGCGUGGCAAAGAGCCUGGAGCGCGGCGAGCAGCUGGUCCACCGUGAGGAGCUGACUGGGCAUCGGGGCGGCGGCAAGGACCGGCCCGCUGUGUUGUCUGGCGAGUGUUUUCCCGACAAAACCAAUAAGGUCAUCCCCAGGCGUACCCACACCGGCGAGAAGCCGUACGGGUGCGACCAGUGCACGGAGCGCUUCAAACUAAAAGACAGCCUGAAGAGCCACAUGAGGAGGACUCACUCCGGGGAGAAGCCCUACAGGUGUGAUCAAUGCGUGAAGUGCUACUAUAGGAGCUCUCACCUGACGAGGCACAUGGCGACUCACUCCAGGGAGAAGCCAUACAGGUGUGACCAAUGCAUGAAGCGCUUCAUUUCGAGCUCUCACCUGAAGAGCCACAUGAGGACUCACUCUGAGGAGAAGCUCUACAAGUGUGAUCAAUGCGUGAAGUGCUACAAUAGGAGCGCUCACCUGAAGAGGCACAUGACGACUCACUCCAGGGAGAAGCCCUACAGGUGCAACCAAUGCUUGAAGCGAUUCAUGAGGAGUUCCAACCUGACGGUCCACAUGAGGACUCACUCCGAGGAGAAGCCCUACAGGUGUCACCAAUGCAUGAAGCGCUUCAUUUCGAGCUCUCACCUGAAGAUCCACAUGAGGACUCACUCCAGGGAGAAAUCCUACAGGUGUAACCAAUGCGUGAAGCGCUUCAUUUCGAGCUCUCACCUGAAGAUCCACAUGAGGACUCACUCCGGGGAGAAGCCCUACAGGUGUAACCAAUGCCUGAAGUGCUUCAAUCAGAGCGGUCACCUGAAGAGACACGUGAGGACUCACUCCGGGGAGAAGCCCUACAGGUGUAACCAAUGCGUGAAGUGCUUCAGUCGGAAUUCCAGCCUGAAGGUCCACAUGAGAACUCACUCCGGCGAGAAGCCCUGAAGGUGCAACGCCAGCCUCAGUGACCCUAGCAAUUUGCGUUGGCACAUGCUCAAGCACAGAGGCAAUGGGGUGCUUUGAAACGGGCAAUGGGACCUUUUAAUUCACGCCUCUAUCCUGUUUUUGUUUAAAUUUGUCUGCUGUAGUUAUUUUUUAUUCACGAUUAUAGACGCUUUCCAACUUUUCAUUCACUUUUCUUUUAUCGUUGUAAAUAAUUGAUUUCUGUGCGAUGAUGAAUCACUUAUUUUUUGCUACCAGCAUUCUCUAGACCCAGUUCAGGGUUCCCGUUCUCUUGAUAACCCUCUCCCCUCUCCCUUCGUUCUCCAUCCGUUACUCUGCCUAACCGUCGCCGAACCCCUGCCGGCCGCCUGACUACCCACCUGUCGCUGAGUCUUUGCCUGUCUGACUGACUCCCUGUUGCCGAACCCUCGCCUGCCUGACUGCUUCGCCCCAGCUUGUCUCCUACCCCGUGUCCCAAUAAACCCUGUUUCCUUUUUCCCCGUCUCUGUCUCCCUGUGUCCAGCGCUUGGGUCCCCUCGCCCUGUUCCUUAACAUAUAACCUUGCAGGAAAUCACAUUUGCAGUUGAACAUUGUAAAACUAACAUAUCUCCUGGAGUUAAUGGCCUCUCUGCAGAGUUUUUUCAGGCUUUUACACAAGAUUUAGCUCUUUUUCUACUUGAGGUAAUAUUAGAAAGUGUUGAAAAAGGUUCUUUACCUCCUUCACUGACCCAAGGCUUAAUUACGUUAAUCCCCAAGCCCAAAAAGGAUCCACUGUUUAUAGAUAAUUGGCGACCUAUUUCAUUAGUAAACACUGGCUACAAAAUGUUUGCCUCAAUUGAAAAUAGAUUAAAAAAUGUUUUUUUAUUGAUGAAGUCCAAUCAGGGAUUCGUGAGAAAAAUACAUGUCUCAAACAAUAUUUGGCUUGUCUUGGAUAUAAUUGAUUUAUCAUUUUUAUGUCCUGAUGAUAGCUUUAUCUUUUUCUUGGACUUCUAUAAAGCUUUUGACACAGUAGAACAUAACUUUAUAUUUCAAACUAUUGAGAAAUUUGGUUUUGGCAAAAAAAAAAUCUGGCCUGCCCUGCCUCUGUCUACCUAUUCAUUUUUUCUACACGACUUCUUUCCAAGUGCCAAUUUCUAUCAAAACAAUAUAAUUACUUUCCACAA